CCGAAGGAGAGGCUAACGGCACGAUACUACAUUGAAGGGAUCCUCCAAAAACAUCAAUUGCCUGUGUUAUAUCAGGUCACAUGCUCUCGACGCAUGCUUGUGUCAACUGCGCGAAGGCGUGCGUCUCAGUACAGGAGUACAAAUCCAUCCUGCGUGCCUUCCACGUUUGGCAUUCUAGCUUUGAUGAACCCAUGGUAUCGGGAACGCCGUCAUGUCACAAUGAACACAGCCUGGGGCAGUUCAAUGCGAAAGUGUCUUAAAGCAUUGGAGAAUGCGCGUCGCACAAUGCAGUACAAACCGCUGUUCGGCAACGUACGCGACGGUUUUCCAAUACGAAGGCUUUGCCUUAGAUCGGGUGUGCAAGAACCUGAAAUACCCACCGCAAAGGUUCGCACGCGUGCGCUGCUCAAAACACAUUCAAGCAAUCGGCCCGCGAUCUCUGACGUGCUGCAGAUCAAGGGCUACUACGAUCCGCGAUUAGCGAAAGAGUUCAUCACAGCUGCUUGCCUUAGCUCGUGUACACCUUGCAGCCACACCAUGUUUCGCGGGAGCAUGGACCCGAGGAGCCGCAAUUUGCUGUGUAUCGCCACCCACGUAACACUGUACUGUUUCGCCUCGUUCAUUAAUCUUGUUGCGAACCCUGAUCCUCUCUAUCAAUACGGACUGACUGAGGCGGAUCUGAAUCUAUGUCACAAAAUUGCCCUGCAGGAAGACCGUGAGGCUGUAGAUUGAGAUGCUGCAGAUUGGCCCUGCUUUGUCCUUGGUAGUAAGCCACCGUUGAACAGCUUAUCGAAUAUGCGCGUCUUGCUGUUUCUGCGUCGUCACCUAGCAGAGGGGCGUUGCAGUACGUGUGCGUCUGCUGUUUUCGACACCGCCGCACUGCGACCAAGUCAACUAAGAUUCGCCACAAUGGCGCCACACGUUGUUAAACAAUGCUCAAAGUCACAGACUAUCGUCUCCGGAGCUCCUAGAGCGGACCUGAUCAUUACUUCUUGAGUAGUAAGAGAAAUGAGGC